CCCGAACCUUGUCGUCGCGCGUCGACCUGCCAGGGCAAUCAUUGUCAAGCGCGCAUAACCAGACACUCUCACACCUUCUCCCAAUCCAUCCUCGUCCUCAUCUUCCCCCUUUCCAGCUGAUUGGCCUGCCAUGUCAGGCAUGCGCUCAAGAAAGGCGGCGGCCGCGGCCAACGGCAAUCACGAUGCCAUUCUCGACCCAAGCCUGACGGAGAGUCAAAAGAAUGCAGCGCUCAAGAAUGGGACGUACGCUGGUAGCAGCGACGAUGUGCGUGGCUUCGAACAGGCAAAGCGCCGCAGACCAGCCGUCGUACUUCCCGAAUCAACACACGGCGUGACAUUGGCAAACGACGGAGCCAUUGUCGCACUCCUUUUCCUCGGAGCGGCCAUCGUACGAUUCUGGAAGAUCGCUCACCCUGCUCAAGUCGUCUUCGAUGAAGUCCACUUUGGCAAGUUCGCCUCGUACUACCUGCGACGAGAGUACUACUUUGAUGUUCACCCUCCCUUUGCAAAGAUCCUCAAUGCCUUCGCUGGCUACCUCGCCGGAUUCAAAGGAAACUUCGACUUCGAGAAUAUCGGAGACAGCUACGAAAAGGCAGGCGUGCCACACAUCAAGAUGCGCUCCCUACCAGCCAUCAUGGGCUCUGUUCAGUCGCCCCUCGUCUACCUUAUCAUGCGAGAGACGGGUCACGCCAAGCUCAUUGGUCUGCUGAGUGCGUCGCUCCUCCUCCUGGACAAUGCUCACAUCGCCCAGGAUCGCCUCAUCCUCCUCGAUGCGGCCCUCUGCCUCUUCAUGACACUCUCCCUCUAUUCGUACGUCAAAUUCUACAAGCAGCGCUACAAUGAAUUCAGCCCCAAAUGGUGGACCUGGAUGAUCGCUACUGGGGUCAACCUCUCUCUCACCAUGAGCUGCAAGAUGGUCGGCCUCCUCACCUUCCUCACUGUCGGGUGCGCCGUAGCCGUCGAUCUCUGGAACCUCCUUGACGUCAAGCGCGGUCUCACCGUGCGCCACGUCAUGAAGCACUUCUUUGCCCGUGCUCUAGGCCUCAUCGUCAUCCCGGCAUUUGUCUACUUGUUCUGGUUCUGGGUCCAUUUCAAGAUUCUCAUCCGCUCCGGUACAGGAGAUGCAUUCAUGAGCUCAGAAUUCCAGCAGACACUACAAGGCAACCCUAUGCUGGCACAGGCGCGCGACAUUCACUAUGGAGACACAAUUGCCAUCAAGCACAAGCACACCAACGCUUUCCUCCAUUCGCACAUAGACCGCUACCCUUUGAAAUACGAGGACGGCCGUAUCUCCUCUCAGGGUCAGCAGGUUACCGGCUACCCUUUCAACGACACCAACAACCUUUGGCAGGUGCACGCCACCGUCCCUCUGCCGGAGGAGGGAGGCUCAGGUCGAGCAGUGCGCAAUAACCACGUCGUCCGCCUGCUGCACGUCAACACCCAGUCUUACCUCCUGACGCACGACGUCGCUUCUCCACUCAUGUCCACCAACGAGGAAUUUACCACCGUCCCCUGGAACGACACCUCGAGGUACAAUGACACCCUCUUUGAACUUCGUGUCGAUGGGCUCUCCAAAACGAGCACCUCUCCGUGGAAGAGCAAGAGCGCCUGGUUCCGUCUGAUUCAUGUACCCACCAAAGUGGCGAUGUGGACGCACAACGAGACGCCUCUGCCGGAGUGGGCCUUCAAGCAGCAAGAGGUCAAUGGCCACAAGGAUGUCAACGACAAGACUACCCUCUGGUUCGUCGAUGAGCUCAACCCUGAUCCUACGGCUUCGGACUUUGAGGAGCGGUCCAAGCCUCUGCCGCCCAGGAAGGUGACGAAGAUGAGCUUCUGGCGCAAAUUCGUCGAGCUGCAGAUGCAGAUGCUCCAGCAGAAUGCUGGCCUCACACAGAGCCACCCGUACGCUUCGAGUCCCAUCAACUGGCCAUUCUUGCUGCAGGGUAUCAGCUUCUGGACGGAGAAUACUGAGCAGCAGCAGAUUUACUUGAUGGGGAACCUCGUCUCUUGGUGGGUGAGCGUGCUCUUCGUGAGCGUCUUCGUAGGUGUGAUGGGUGCGGAUACCCUCGCGCAGAGGAGAGGCAUCGAACCUAUUGCCCGCAAUGUAAGGAAGAGGCUGGGGAGCACCGUGGGCUUCUUUGUAAGCGCUUGGGCAUUCCACUACCUGCCUUUCUUCAGCAUGAACAGGCAACUCUUCCUCCACCACUAUCUCCCAGCACACAUUUGCGCCUGCCUCGCAGCGGGUGGAGUUCUCCAAUUCAUCGUAGUAGAGGAGGUCGCAGGCCCUCUCUCAGCUCCUGGUCCCCUCCUCGCCUCCAACACCUCAACACCCUCUCACCCGCAGGACGAGACUCCCCGCUCCCCCUCGGGCGUCCGUCUCUCCCUCCCGACUACCCGCUCAGAUGUGCAUCUUCCACGCGGCGCCAUCUUCGCUAUCGCGGUGCUCAUGAUGCUCACGGCAGCCAUGUUCUGGUUCUUGAGCCCGUUCACGUACGGUACGCCGGGAUUGACGAACCAGCAGUGGUUGAAGAUGAGGCUGUUGAGUAGUUGGAGUCUGCACUUCUUGCCUUCGAUGCAGGAGUUGGCACAGGGCAAGUCGUGAGGGAGACAAGAGGGGAGGAUUGGCGGGACGAGAGAAGUCAGUUGGUUGAGUUCACUGAGACUGAUGUCACAUCUAGCAAGGGAAAAGAAAGAAUGUUGCAAGGAGGAGGAGGAGAUUGAGAGGUAGGAGAAACACGUAUCACCUUCAUGUAUCGCCCCG